AUGACCAAGGUUGCAGCUCGAUCCUCCGUCAAGGAAGACCUUAGCUGCAGUUCAGCAGAGUUGGUGUACGGCUCCCCGAUCCGGCUCCCAGGUGAUUUUCUCACCCCCAGCCCCGCCGAGCCCCAUCCAUCCCAGACCGUGUACAUCGACAAGCUCCAUGACUUGUUCCGCUCCAUCACCCCGGUUGCGCCGCGCAUGCCGACGCGGAGAACCGUCUUCGUCAGCCAGGACCUCAAGAACGCUUCGCACGUGUUCAUCAGAACCGACCGCGCCAAGCCACCCCUUACGCCACACUACUCCGGACCGUACCCUGUGCUCUCCCGCACCUCAAAGACCGUCGUCGUCGACCUCGGUGGCAAACACGACACGGUAGCCCUGGAUCGCGUGAAGCCAGCGUACGUCUCCUCCGUCAUCCCCUUUAACACCUACUUGGACCUUCCCGCCUAUUCAGCCACACUGAAGCCCGUAGCCCACACAGGCCGAAGGACUGUGACAUGGUCUCUCUCUUCCGACCGUCUCCAGCCGGACGACGCUCUAGAGGGGGGAGCCCAGUAG